GAGAAGCAGCUCGAGAACGCAGAGCUGUCCACAGACUACGAAAUCAGUGGUUACAAGCCGCUGCGGCAGCAGUUCAAGAAAGCGGCGACCCUGAUCGCGGCCCGUGUCGAGCGCCAGGCUGAGCGUGACUUCUUCUUUGUCGAGGAUGGCGGUUGGGAUCACCACAAGGGCGUGGAGAACGGCCUGAAUGGCAAGUUCGAGGACCUUAACGAGGCGUUGGAAGAGUUCAUUGCAGAGCUGAAGGCACAAAACGUUUACGACAGCGUCGUGAUCGCAACGCACUCGGACUUUGCGCGCACCCUCACGCCCAACAGCAAUGCUGGCACUGACCACGGAUGGUCCGGAAUUCA